UUCUACAGGUAUGAUUUUUCCAGCACUCCUGGGAAACCAACUAUUGUACCGGUUCCUAACCCUUUGGUGCCCAUUGGGCAGAGAGAAGGGCUGAGUAACUUGGAUGUGGCUAAAAUCAACAAGCUCUACAAGUGCAAUUGCUGUAGCUCUGUACUGCCAAAAACCAAAGGCUCGUUCUCCUCCGUCAAUUACCCAUCCCCAUACCCAAACAACAGCAACUGCCUGUGGUUGAUCCGCAUCCGUCGGAAUAAGAUUUUCCUGCAGUUUGAGGCUUUUGAUCUCCAAACCUCUUCAGACUGUUCGUCUGACUAUGUAAAAGUUUACAGUGGAAACAGCAAGAACUCUCCUGUCUUGCUGGACAAAUACUGUGGGCAGGGGCCACUGCCUUCCAUCGUCGCUUCAGGAUCAACACUGCUGGUAGAGUUUGCAAGUGACGAGACUGUUACAGCCACAGGAUUCAGAGCCUCCUACAACAGGGUGAAUUGUGGAGGUACUUUCACAGACUCCAGUGGAGUCAUCACCUCUCCAAACUACCCCAAUAAAUACCCCAAAAACCAGGCAUGCUUCUGGGUCAUCAGCUCUCCAGUAGGAUACAAGAUAUCUCUUAAAAUGUUAUUCUUUGAGCUGGAAGAUAAUGACAGAUGCAUCUAUGACUAUUUGCUCAUACAUGAUGGAAGUCGACCUACAUCACCAGCAGCUGGUCCUUACUGUGGGACAAAGAAGGUUGCAGACUUCACUUCCACUGCAAAUUUUGUGCUGGUUGAAUUUCACAGUGACACAGUUUGGGAGUUGCCUGGAUUCAAGUUGAGCUAUACAUUUCAUAGGUAACUACACAGAUGGGAACUGGAAAAGGCAGAAUGAAAGUAUGAGACCAACUAGCCACUGCUUCUGAGGCUCUGAGCUUUUGUUAUAGUAAUCCCAUUGCUGGUGUUGCACGGUGAGAUACAGUGGAAAAACAAACUAUGUAAGCAGAUUCUCAGUUACCCAUAGCAGUAGAAACCACCCAUGAAAAAUUUGGAAUAUGGCUAUGGAGCAACUUGUAUUCAGGAGCCUGUGUUCUGACAAUACUAUGUAACCCUAAUUUGCAGUCCAGUAUUCAUACAGAAAAACCUUCAGACAUUUGUUUAUGCUUUGAGGCCAAGCUUGCUUAUACAGUAGGUACAGCCACAGUGGUUAGCCUGGAAACGACCACUUCACGUUGAAGAUGCACGUUAACAUUCCUGUUCAGCAUUUCAACUCAAAUAACUGUAUUACUUUCAUAAGCAGAAACAGAGCAGGGAACAGACUUGGCUGAAGAAACUUAAUGGCAGGAACAAACAGUGAGAGAGAAGGAAUGGAAGGAAGCACCUAUUGCUGCCACUUUGCAAGUAAGCCAUGGCCUGAGUCAAGUAUUGAAAUCUUCCAUUGGGAUAUUACUGUGUCGGGAUUUUUUGUUUGGUUGGUUUGGUUUGUUUUUUUCCUCAAAAUGAGGCCUGAAAACAUAAUGGAAAGCCCUCUGAAUAGAAAUAGAGCCAAUAACUUUGGAGAAUAUCAUAUUAGGUGUGAAGUAUCUUUACUUCAGAGCGGUAUCUCCUACCUCUUAUUAGUCUGAAGAAGAGGAAAUAAAAUCACUACUCUGGACAGGUAACAGUUUACUUUUACUUGGUAUAUCAAGAGUUAAAUGCCACCGCCAAGCUGGAAUAGGAUAAAAUGUAAUACAUUUUCUUGCAGCAACUAUAUCUUUGUGAAGAAAAGCACAUAGAGAAUGCCAGUUUGAUUUCCCAGUGCCAGGAAGGCAGCUAAGAAAAUCUUGAAUUAUGCAGAUUUCUCUUUUUUCUUUUUUAAAGAUCUGUAAUAUUUUGCUUUUUAAGCACUGGAUAAUUUUUACCCUCAGAAGAAAUUUGAUGUCCUGUGGGCAUAAUGGCCUAGAGCCUGGAUGCACUGUGGUAGGAAACUGCCUGUAAAACAGACAACAAAUACUUGUAGCUCUUAUGAGCUGAUCUGGCUAUGCAAACUAUUGAGGAAAUCACGCAAGGAGGAGACACUUGGGUAGCUGUAGCAUAAGUCUGGGACAGUACCUGUUUGGUACUAUCUUCUUAUGUUACUAAUAAAAUGCUUUUUUCUUAUUGUGUUUUCUGCGUGGAGAAAUGCUGAUACAGUAGAAUACAGUAUAUUCUCCUUUUUCAAUGUGGCAGGUAAUUUGGAUGCAGUACCUGAGGGCUACACCUGUACAGUAGCCAGAAGGCGCACUAGCCUGCCAAAAACUGGUGCUGUUUUUAACGAGCUGCAGCAGGCAAAACUCAUCAAAUGUGGCUCAGGGUCCCUAAGUACUUUGGGUCUCAUUUGGGAUGCAAACUCCAUGAUCUUCCCUCCAAAGUUUUUGAAAGUAUGAUCCCAUUCAUGAACUGUUGAUCACAAAGAGCACAUGAGAGCUAGAGGAACCCAACGUCAGAGACAGUAAUGUUUUGUA